AUGGCGGCCAUCGGCAAUAGGGGCAAUCAUUGGGUAUUCCUUUGUUUAAUACUUCAGGUCAGCAGCUCCUCGGCGCUACAUCAACCACUGAAAUCAUUUAUCAACUCAUUGAACUUAGAAGAUGCUGGAUACAACGACUUCAGCCUGUCCACCAUAAACGACGCAGAUAACAAAAUACAUAACCUUGCUACAGCAGCACUGCACAAGCGCACUUUGGCCAACAAGGAUAUUGAGUUUAAGAUCCCAGUAUUUGGCGAGGAACUGCACCUAAGGACAAGACAAAUCCGAACCGUGUUACACCCCUUGGCAACGGUGUUAGUUACAAAUGGGGAUCACGAAAAUGUUUGGACUGGACGUCAUCCAGACUGCUUUCUAUCUGGAGAUGUGACAUCACACAAUGGAACGGUUGCAUUGUCUUACUGUGACGGGCUGAACGGAUUGAUAACUACUCCGACACAAAUAUAUCGAAUUGACUCGAUUCCGAGCCAUCUUCUAUCGUCAGAGAAACCUGCAGGUGUGGCGACAAAUAUCCUUAUCUCCCGCAAAAACAACACGGGUGACUUCAGUGCACAUGACAGAGAUCAAACAUUUAUUGAAAGUCAUCUAGUUCAACAUUCGACUCGCCAGAAGAAAGCUGUUCCAUCACACGACAUUACGAUAGAGAUGGCCGUUUUCACAGACGCUCCGUUUACCAAACUAUUAGGUACCAACGAUACAGCGAAACGGCUAGAACUUUUGAUGUUGAAGUACAGUAUGGUACAAAUGGAGUGGUCGCGAUCUCAGAUGCUUGGGUACAAUGUGACAUUCCAGAUCAAAUAUGUCAAUUUCUUUGAGACUGAUCCAAGCUGGUAUACAGUAUCUGGUGAUAACUAUGCCGGAUUGCUGAGCAGUUUUUGUACAGGAACACAACAUCUUCCACACGACCACGCGUUCAUACAUACAGGAUACCAUGGCAACACUUUGUUGGGGGUAUCGUACCAGUCAAGGAUUUGCCAACCCGUCUACCGCUGUGGGUUUGAGAGUAGCCGUGAUAUCAUCACAUAUAUUGCAACAGCUCACGAAAUUGGACACGCUAUUGGUAUGUACCACGACGUAGACCGCGGUUGUAAAACUCCUGAUGUAGGAAUAAUGGGAUCGUACGGAGCAGGCUGGAGCAGCUGCAAUAGAAACGACAUGGACUCUUUCAUGAACUCUGGACGCGCUUCAUGUCUGUGGAGAGAAGAUGUUCCACUGACCAACGUAACCUCAUCUCUUCAAGCUGUCCACUUCAAGGAGGAACUGUUAGGUCAGCGGUACACUCCAGACGAAGUUUGUGAAAUUCUACACGGGACUGGAUUUCGUUUCAGGAAAUAUCCUCAUUUAAACGUUUGUCAGUUAUUCACCUGUGUAGACAUGAAUGAUGGUCCAUUGUACGGUCGCAUGCUCCGACACAACAACAAUAUCCCAGGCCAAUAUUGUGACGAUGGAAAGAUUUGUUUUAAAAACGGAUGUGCCACGUGGGACUAUGCUAGGGAGUACAACCUCACGGUGCAGGCCGGAGGAUGGUCAAAGUGGACUGCGUGGCUACCGUGCACGCGCACAUGUGGUUCAGGACUAUCGUAUCGAAUGCGUAGCUGUACAAAUCCAGCGCCGAAAAAUCAUGCAACGUGCAAAGGAGACGCAUAUCAGGCAGUAACCUGUAACACAAUGCCUUGUGAAGGCGACAGCGAUGAUAAACAGGCAUUGAUCAAACAACGAGCCUCAGAGACUUGUGCUCGCCUGAUAGCUGCAGGGCAUCUAAAUGGGUCGCAUCAUCUGCCAACUGGAGCAAGGUUGAACAAUGAAGCAGAAAUUGGUCAGUGUGAAGUCCAGUGUGAUCACGUGACUGGGUACAAGACCCCGGCUUUCACUAGGUUUGGCCUCAUGCCGGAUGGUACACCAUGUGACACGUCGGGAGAAUCUUCCUGGGAUAAAAAUAACUGGCCUAGAAAAUCGGGCUUGCACGGUCGAUGUCUUCAAGGUCGUUGUUUCAAAUUCGACUGUGAUGGAAAAAUGGGUGAUAAAGUAUUCGAUGCUUGUGGUGUUUGUGGAGGAGACAACUCAACAUGCCGGACAUACAGCGGCGUUUAUUCGGAUUUUUUGGCCAAGGGUGAUCGAAAGACGCUUGCUGUACUGCCGACCGGAGCAUAUAACAUCCAGUUCUGGGUAGAAUACUCCCACACACAUCAAACAUUUGUAGAGUUAUGGAGUAAAGACGAAGUCCCUGUGUUAGCUAGCUACGUGGUUAGUAGUUGGGUAUUCGAUGAUUUGGCGAACCCUGUAGAAUUCGACGGCACAUACUGGUACUUCCUGUUUUAUGACCAAUACUUGUACACAGAAGGACCAAUUACAUCACCAGCUGUCAUCAAGGCAUUUCAGCAUUUGUCAAACCACACCAUGGGAAUCCAUUACGCCUACUCCGUUCCCCUGUCAGUAUCUUCCUGUUCCGGAAACUGUCAACACGGUGGUACCUGGAAUCACACUAUGUGUUCUUGCGAUUGUCCGGACCAUUUUUAUGGUCACACGUGUAGUAGCAGGUGUAACAAGUAUUGUUUGAACGGUGCACCCCUGAACAAGAACACGUGCCAAUGUACGUGUAACGAUCGUCAAACUGGUGGAAACUGCAAAUGCAAGCCUCUGUAUUCUGGCAAAGAAUGUAGGAACUGUGUCACUGUUCUUGACUGUACGGAACACGGCAAAUUCAACCUUAAUACGUGUCAAUGUGAAUGUGCGACUGGAUACACGGGGAAAACAUGCGAAACCUCAGGUUGA